ACGCACGCAAACGUAUCAAUUGUGUUUGGCCCAUAACGCUGCGUCAACGCAGCUUGAAAAAACGCUACGUGGACAUCGGCCCUAAUGGGUAAUUGAGAGCUUCCGGUGGAUUCCGUGUUCGUAAUCGCGAAUGCGCAAAAAAUAUUAUCUUUGUGUCGUUAUCAACCUUAUCAACACGCCACAUAUUUUUGCAAUUUAUUCAAGUUUUUUCUUGAUGACAACAGCUUCGCCCAUUUCACAGCGACAGCGACAGCGACAGAUAGUAUAUUUUAUUGCGUCACCAUAAACGAUCAUCAAUAUCAACAUGGGCGACAACAACAGGAGAAAUGAAGAUUUCUUUACGGCUGCUGUUCUCGGAGCUGGUGCCCUUUUCGGAGCAUAUCAAGUGUACAAACGUUAUUCUUCCACGGACAAUGCUUCCAACAACAGCAAUCAAACCCAUUCGCAAUCUGAUUGGAGGGAUAUCAAUGAGGUCCAAUUUUACAAUCGAUCCCAUAUGAAUCGGGUUAUCAGCAACCAGAAUGAAUGCAAGCAGGCGGUCAAAGAACUACGGCAAGCUUGCAAAGAAUAUCCGGUUCUUGGACUAGACUGCGAGUGGAACAACGAUUGGAACGGUCGUCGGAAGGUGGCUCUUCUCCAGUUGGCCACCCAAAAAGGCCUAUGUUUUCUGUUCAGAUUAUGUAAAAUUGGAUACAUUCCUGAAGAACUGAAGCGCAUUUUAGCUGAUCCAAAUAUUAGGAAAGCCGGUGUAGGUGUUGAAACCGAUAUGCAAUAUCUCUUAAUUGAUUAUCAAGCAGACGGAGCAGGCGCAGUGGACUUGCGCGAAAUGGCGGAAAUCUGUGACGUGCCACUUCCACAUAAUUUGGCUAGUCUGGCUAAGCAAUCGCUCGGUAUCAUUAUGGACAAAGAAUGGCAAGUAAGUGAUUGGGAAGCCGAUGUGCUGACCGAAAAUCAGAUCAAAUAUGCUGCGAACGAUGCACGCGUGGCUAUUGAACUGUAUAAGGUUUAUGACUAUUGAAAGCAAAAAGUACAUAACAUCACAGCUACAGCUAAAUAUCAGUGGUAUUUACAUCAUUUCUCUAUAUGAAAACAAAUUCGGUAAUUAAAAUUAUCAAAUCGAUUUUUACGUGAUAUGCCUAUUUUUAUUCUCAAAUGCACUAUUCAUAACCAAUAAAUUAUUAUAAUUACUCA